AUGGAGACGGCGAUGGAGCAAUUCCGCGCCUUAUUGAGCGCGUGCGUGGCCGUGAGCUCCGCUGCAUCAUCUUCAAAAGAUGAUAAGGAUAUUGAAGAAUGCGUCAAAAGCGUUGACAAGGCGCUAGGCCUUACUGCAGAGCAGCUACACUACUGGAAUUCAUUAUAUGACGAUUCUGCAUCGGGUGAUGCCAUUUCAUUGGCUCAAGAUCUAGCACUGUUGCUAGCCAGCACUAACGUGUCAACUAACAAGAUCCUUAAUCUGCUUCGAGUGCUGCUACUUCACCCAUCUUUUCACUGCGGAGGACUUGUACGAAUGGCGCAUAUGACGUUCGAGGGCUUAAAGCUGACUAAACGCUGGGAUGUGUUAGAAGCCAUAUCGACUCGGUUACUGGAUAUAAUAUACUUCAAUAUAUUAAGUGAACACUCGAGAGAGCAAGCAUUUAGGUUCUACAUUGAAGUAUUAGUGGGUUACCAGCAUUCCGCCGAGCUUUACGAGAAAAAUGUGGUCAAUUUGAUCGAAUUAGCGAAGUUAUUUCGUGCAAACAGUGAAAAGUCGCGGGAGAUUGUGAAAAUCCUGUUGGUGGCCUGUGCUGCCUUGGCACAUUGUCAUCGCGGUUAUGAAGCUGAAGCCAUGAUUCUUCGACGAGCGAUGAUAGCGAAUUUUGGUCCCCAUGUUGACCGACCUACCGCUGCAGAAGCCGAACAACUGUUGCGAAGCUGUGCUUGGAUGUUGCCAGUGGAAAAGCUAGACAAUUCACUACCGUCUAUUGAGGGAAAAUGGGUCAUAGAUGAAUUUCUUACUGAUCAUCAUGGGAGUGCUGGGUCCCAAAAUGCAGGUUCAGUUUUGUUGAAGAAGACGACCAAUUGUUUUGCUCACGAAUUUCAGGCGACGAUUGUGGAUGACAAGCAGCAUCAAAAAUUGGAUUUAACAGGGUAUUUGUAUCAGCGGAUGCCCGAGAUGCAAGUGUUAAUGGCCCAUCCGGAGUCGAUGGGAGGUUCAAUGUGGGAAUUAGAAGGGCAUUGGAGACAUAUUUAUGACGAGAACAAACCGAUUAAUUCAAUUGCACAUAUGGGUCCAAUCGGCGCGCCAACAUGGGACUGUCGAGCAUGCACCAUGAACAAUGAAACGAGCGCAACCAAGUGCACAACCUGUGGCACUGAGCGCCCGACUGAUGCUAAUAUUCCCAUCGACUCGAACAGGGCUAUUGGAAGUAAUCCUGCGCCGUUUUUUGCUGUGUUCGGCUCGGACUUGUCUUUUAUGCGCAUAAAAUGGUCCCGGGGUGAGCAGCAAGGUGUAUGGUUGGCUCGAAAACAGACUGUUGAACGAACCUUUGAUCUUGCAACGUCGCUGAAUGCAGCAAACGAUGCAAUGACGGAUUGUACUACUUUACCAGCGUAUGUAUAUUUUCCCAAUAGAGAACCCGACAAAAUGUUAAUAUUAGAGCGAGCUCUACUGUCUACGUGGGAACAUACGGAGUUUUCAAUCCAGCUCUGGAUUCGUCCCGAAUGUUUGCCUUGUCGAAACAAACCUCAGGUUGUGCUUGCAAAUGGCCACGACUUCGAGCUUCUGAUCAACUGUGCAGGACAUUUAGAAUGGAAACUCGCUGGAGGACGGUACUGUGUAACUUCAAGUGAUGCUGUGCCCUUUGGAGUCUUUUGUCACGUCACGCUUUUGUAUGGCAACGAAAGUAUAGCGUUAUUAAUCAAUGGUUCAAUCAAUGGUGAAGUUACGAGCUUAAAAGGGAGGAACGAUGCAGGUCCCCCUGCUCAAGCUGUGUCGCUAUUUACACUAGGUGGAAGCUUUGAAAGUUGCGAGUCUAAUGAUAAAGUCGAUGGCCCAAGCUGUUUUUAUGGACAGAUGCUCGAUCUACGCAUUUGGUCAACGCUAAUUGAAAAACUUGAUGAGAAUUAUAGCAUAAGAAAUGCUCUUUCAGGUCGAGAAGCGCAUCUGCUGGGGUACUAUCCUCUCGUCGGUAAUUCCGAGCGGUUAUUAAUUGAUUUAUCAAAGCUUCAAAAUCAUGCUUGCAUUUUUGAAGGAUUUCGCACUUCAGGCUCAACGCAUGAUGGAGCGACGAAGUCAAUCUGUAACUUUACCCCAGUAACAUCUGUAGAAAAAGUUCCAGUUACAAAUUUGUUUGCGGUCUUCCUUGGAAAAGAAUUUUUUGGCAGUGGCAAAUUUGUUUUACCAGACCGAGUAAAUAGUGGAUUACAGGUAAAUUGUGGGACCUCUGGAGCUGCGCUGUGGCGCCAGAACAGUGUUCUAGUUGCGAAUGGCUUUCAAUCAAUACUUUCUAUCGCACCCUUGACAGCAACUGAAGUACAGGUUGCGCGGAAAACUGUCGUGUUUGCAAUGUGCGAAGCGUCAUUUUGGGACGUAGCUCCUUUGUUGUCACAAGGAGCAUACCUGUCGAACUUAAUGGCUGACGAUGUUGCAGAUCCAUCGAUAAGGCAUCAUGACGGCUCAGUAAUGAUGGUAAAAGUAAGCAUCGAUGCAGUAGCGCCAGGAAUCUGCAUGUAUGAGAUUGGACUGUAUAUUUGGUCAAAAAGUCUAGGGUAUCCAUUGUCACGUGUAUCUGGUAUUGCUGGAGGUUCUUCAAAUGAUCCAUCCGAGAUUCGUAUCCAGUACCUUAUUCCAAGACGAGUUCUAUCAGUUGCUAUUGGAGACGUUGGCGUGGUCUUUGAAGCUGCGGUCGAUCUGGAGCUUGCACUUUGUAUGGAACCCGGCAGCGCAGUGCGCACUGGAUUAAUAUUUCCUGCAGGAAAGGAUAAGAGUAAUAAACAAAACUCAAUCGGACUCAAAGGUCAGUCUUAG